CACACACACUGAGCUUUGGCUUACGACGACGGAUGAACGAAGGGUUGUGUUGGAGCUUGUUGGAUAGACAGAGAAACUCAGCUGGUACCCGGUUACUUGAGCGGCGGUUCAAUGGAACGAGAAGUCAAGUUGAAUGUUUAGGGCUAGAGAGUGAGCUUAAGGGUCAUAGCAGUUGUGUAAACUGCUUGGAAUGGAACAGAGAUGGAACAGUAUUGGCAUCAGGCUCUGAUGAUCAGACUGCAAUAAUUUGGGAUGCUUUGGCUUACAAAAGAAGGUUAACUCACAGAACAGGGCACUCAGGAAAUAUUUUCAGUGUGAAGUUUCUACCUCAAUCUAAUGAUGGUCUGUUGGUGACAGCAGCUGCAGAUGGUGAAAUUCGUCUUCAUGAUUUGAGUCGCGGUGAGGUGAUUGAAGAAUUUCGAUCUAAUGAGAAACGAGUGAAGCGAAUUUCUGUAACACCUGACAUGCCUUAUAUGUUUUGGAGUGCAGCAGAGGAUGGUACAGUCAGGCAAUAUGAUCUAAGAGAAUCUUCAUCUCAGCGUGACAUGAUUCUCAUUAAUCUCUGUUCGGGUUCUAGUCCACAUACAGAAACAAAAUGUCUUAGUCUUAAUCCCACUCAACCACAUCUUCUAGCUGUUGGAUGUAGCGAUCAAUAUGUUCGUUUAUUUGAUAUUCGUAAACUCACUGCAAGACCACAGGCACAGACAAGUCAACCAUAUGCAGAUGAUUCACCAGUCUUCUUUUUCUGUCCUGGUCAUCUUAACGAGCAGAUUACCAAACGUAUGAAACGAUAUCGUCAGUAUGCUGUGACGUAUGUGACAUGGAGUCUGGAUGGGCGAGAGCUGUUGGUAAAUCUGGGAGGCGAACAAGUUUAUUUAUACGAUCUUUAUGACCAUAGACAACCAGUGCACUUUAGUAGCAUGUCUACCAAUAGCACAAGUAAUGGACUUGACAGCACAUCAGGAGAAGAUACAUUUACAGUGGAGCCAAUCUCUGAUCGUGCAUUGCAGUUGAAGCUGGAGGGAAACACUGCUUUUAAGCAACAACAGUACAGUAGAGCCAUCUAUCUGUACAGUGAAGCCAUGAUAUAUUCGUCUAAACAACCUGUACUUCAUGCCAAUAGAGCAGCAGCAUAUCUCAAGCGCCAAUGGUUUGGUGAUGUCUAUGCUGCACUAAGAGAUUGUUACACUGCUCUUUUGUUUGACCCAACUAACCACAAAGCACAUCUGAACAAAGCAAGUUGUUUUCAUCAGCUGAAGUGGCAUCAGUUAGCAAGGCAAUGUAUCCAGCACUUCCAGCAACGCUUCCCAACACGUGCAGCUAAAUCAAGAGAAUUAGCUAGAGAGAUUGAGGAACAUGCCAGCAAGAGCUUGAAGACGUCAAAGAGCAAAGAUUCUACAAAUGGAUCUGAUGUGGAGGCUGAAAGUACUGUAGAGAAAAAGUUUCAACGCCUUGCUCUUGAUUUCAAAUCUCAUUACUGUGGUCAUUGUAAUACAACAACAGAUAUUAAAGAGGCUAGCUUUUUUGGUGGUCAAAGUCAGUACAUUGCUGCUGGUAGUGAUGACGGUCAUUGUUUUAUCUGGGAAAAGAAAACAGCUCGAUUAGUCCAAGUGAUUAAUGGAGAUGAGUCUAUUGUAAACUGUGUUCAACCUCAUCCAAGUCAGCUACUACUGGCUACCAGUGGAAUUGACCCAGUCAUUAGACUAUGGUCUCCUCAUUCACAGAAUUAUGAUAGAAUAGUUGGACAUGCAUCAGUACGUUCAGAAAAUAAUCACAUUGCCAGUAUGGAGAAGAUUGCUGCAGAAAACCAAAAAAGAAUGCGCUCCGAUCCAUUAGAAAUUAUGUUAAUGAAUAUGGGGAUGAGAUUGGGACCACUGAUAAGUGGAGAAUCUGGGGAUGAAGAGGAAGAAGCAGUUCACUGCAGACCAAGCUAAUGUGUGACAAACUCACAAACCAACCUGCAAACUAGUAUAAUUAUAGCAUCAGUGAGUAACUUAUGUAUUGUGCAUCGAGUCAUGAAAUUUGAACUUUAGGGUAGCAGAAGUGUUGUGCCAAUUUUACUUUUCACACUUAUUUGUUGCUGGGUCUGUUUAAGACUGUGAAUUUUGACCACACAAUGUUUGCACAGGAAAUAGGGACUACCAGUACAAUAUAACUUCAGUUUGUUGUCACUACUUGAUGUUCUAUAACCAUGUACUAUUGCAAUUAUUGGUCUGUUAGCUGAUAUGAAUAUUUAGUAUUUGUGUGGA